AUGAAUGAAGCGUCUAGUUUGGGUGAAUAUUUUAGGGACAACGGCAAGCAUGCGCUCAUCGUCUAUGAUGAUCUAUCGAAGCAAGCUGUCGCGUACAGACAAAUGAGUCUCCUUUUGAGACGUCCCCCAGGCCGAGAAGCGUACCCGGGCGAUGUAUUCUAUCUGCAUUCGCGUCUUCUGGAGCGUGCUGCGAAGAUGAACGACAAACACGGCGGCGGCUCGAUGACUGCCUUACCUAUUAUUGAGACUCAAGGUGGUGAUGUGUCCGCUUACAUUCCUACCAACGUCAUUUCCAUUACCGAUGGCCAGAUCUUCUUGGAGGCUGAACUCUUCUACAAGGGUGUCCGACCUGCCAUCAACGUCGGUCUUUCUGUGUCUCGUGUCGGUUCCGCUGCUCAGCUUAAGGCCAUGAAACAAGUGGCUGGUUCGCUCAAGCUCUUCUUGGCCCAGUACCGUGAAGUUGCUGCUUUCGCCCAGUUCGGUUCUGACUUGGAUGCCGCUACCAAGCAGACCCUCAGUCGUGGUGAACGUUUGACCGAGCUUCUCAAGCAGAAGCAAUACUCUCCUAUGGCUGUCAAUGAGAUGGUUCCCCUCAUCUUUGCCGGUGUCAAUGGUUUCCUCGACCAAGUUCCCGUCAACAAGAUUCUACAAUGGGAGUCUGACUUCCUAGCCCACCUCAAGACCAACGAAGCUGACCUGCUUGCUACCAUCGACAAGGAAGGUGCGCUCAGCAAGGAUCUUGAGCAGAAGUUGCGGGAUGUUGUCUCCAGCUUUACCAAGAGCUUCGUCUCCUAG